AUGGCUACGGCGCAGCUCCUCGAGCGACCUUCCGGUGGAUCUUCCGCCCCGGCUGGCGCCCACCAUCUUGAACAUCGUUUCUCUCACCCGUGCCGCAGUGGGGACCGCGAUGUCAUCGCGUGGAGUAGGAAAGUAUGGGGACUUAUAAAUCAGCUUUCAAGCUGCGACGGUUUCGAAGAUGUAGACAUUGAGACCAAAGACACGCAGGCACAUCAUGUGCCAUCAGAGGCUGGUGAAGAUGCCUGGAGCUCCCACGCAGAGACGGAGGCUUUGCUGAGAUGGCGAGACAUUAGCCCGUGGCACCCAGGCAACGAAAAGGUACCAGUGGCAGAGAACGCAGUCUGCAGCGAUCCUCACGGCCAUUGCACAAGAAGGCUUUUGGAACAACUGUCUGGCAGGCGAUCACUUCUGGGGAAUGGUGCCAGUUCUGACAGUCAUGAGGCAGCUUCUAGCAUUCCAGAAGAAUCCAAACUCAGCGCGCAGGACGUGGUGGUCACAGUCCUACUUCAUGAUUGCAAGGGUGUUAAGGAGCAGGAACAUGAUAUACUGGCCAGCCAGACAUUGGAAGACUUGAGGGAUGCAUUCUAUUUUGUUGGUGACCUGAUGUACGACGGACCAACAAGGCUUGCGUCUGCGUGUAUGUUUAUUGAUGGCGUGUUUUAUGUUGAUAAGCGGCAAGCAUCGGCUGGUGGAUAUGUGGAUUAUUCCGUGGAGCUGAUUGAGUGGCUGCAAACGCUGAACUUCCCUCUGCGCGAUGCGAAAUCUCGGUCAAUGUCUAUCCGAAUCUGUGACCUGGAGGCCAUUCCUUUUGGAGAACCAUGCUGCUUCAUUAGACAGGGUGACAUCGAACACCAUAUGUAUUUCACUGGUGCCAGGCUCAUCAACCAAAAGGUAGAUUGCCCUCUCCGCGAGGGCUAUCCCUGCUUAAUUUGGAUGCGGAAGUAUCACCGCCGACGCUGUGUUGCCUGUCUUUUGAACUUCGCAUCGUGGGUGGUACUUGACUCAUCGCGCUGCCCGUUCAAUCCAGCUCAUUUCUGCACAUUCUGCUUCAAUCACUUCUCUGAAAAAAGAGAUGGAACUUAUCUGCUACCUGCGGAUUACAAGGCGUUUCCAUAUUUGCACGACGAAGGUUGA